AUGGCUUCUCGAUCGCCAUCUCGAGGCCGCUACAGGUCGCGUACGCGCUCACCGACCCCACGUUCCGACGCCUCCCGUUCACCUGAGCGUCGACCUCAGCACGAUUCACGAUCACCUGCCCGCUCAUUAUCCCCACAGCGUCGUAACGGUCGCUACAGAAGCCGUAGUCGCAGCCAGAGUAACAGUCGAAGCCGCAGCCGGAGCCGCGGAGCUCGUGAGCGUAACGAUAGAGAUAGGACUGGCUCCCCGCCUGCCAAGAGCACAAAAAUCGUGGUUGAACGUCUCUCUAAGAACAUUAACGAGCAACACCUCUAUGAGAUUUUUGGGCAAUAUGGGCGCAUCAAGGAUCUUGAUCUUCCAAUCAACAGAACUUUCGGAACCAAUCGUGGCACGGCCUACAUACUCUACGAUUAUGCGGGCGAUGCCGAGAGCGCUAUAGCUCAUAUGCAUGAAGCGCAAGUGGAUGGCUCGGCCAUUAAUGUUUCAAUAGUACUCCCCCGUCGCAAGCUCUCUCCAGCUCCGCCAACAGCUCGACGUGGAGCCAACAUCGAUCCCAGAGUUCCUUUUGCUGGCGGGCGCGGGGGCCCUCCUGGUGCGGGUAUCCAAGGAAACAACGGUACAGGUGGUGGAGGAGGCCGACGUCGCACGUCUCCAGGAAGUCGGUUCGGGCCACGGUCUGAUGUAUACCGUCCAGGAUCGCGCUCACCAUCUAGGUCUCCGGUCGGACCUCCUGCUCGUGGCGGUGGAAGUCGAUAUCGCAGUCGGUCAAACCAUUCUUACUCGUCUAGGUCACGAUCAAGAUCCCCAGCUCCCCGACGCAAAGGAGCCGGUCAUCACGAUGACCACGAGUCAAGACGUCGUGGCAGUGUCGACAGUUACCAAGGCCGAAGUCGGUCUCGCAGCCGGGGGCACGGUCCCAAGUGA